AUGCUUAAAAAGUCAAUCCAAGUUUAUGCCACACACACACUGCCCCUCGAGUGCGAUAUUUACGCCACCGAUGCUGCAUCAGAUGAUGCUCCAGUCGUCUUAUUUUUCCAUGCCGGCGGGCUUGUAGGAUGGAACCGACAGUGUAUUCCUCCUUGGCUCGUGCAGGUGUGCUACAGACAUGGAUGGAUUUUAAUGAGUCCAUCAUACCGGCUGCUUCCCCAAUCAAGAGGCCCAGAGCUUUUACGGGAUGCAGCAACCGCGUACGAUUUUGCACGGACUUGGGGCCGAACCAAGAAUAUGCCAAGAGACGUGAUAUUAUGCGGAGCAAGCGGAGGGUUUUUUCUAGUCGCACUUAUCUUGCACCAUUGCCUACCAUCACCGUUAGCGGUACUCUCUAUAUCGGGUAUCAACACCUUCAGGCACCCGUUCUUCAACUCAUCCACCCUACUGGCACAAGAACCCAUUCAUAAUGAAAUGGUUUCUCGCGCCUUGGAUGGACCAGUGGUUGCUGGCACCAAAAAAGCCGGAUUUGUAGGAAUAUUCCAUCUCGACAAGCUCACAACUUUCGGAUCUAAAAGUGUCGACUAUGUGUACCCGGUAGGCAUCGAAGAAUCGGCUGAAGCUACUCAACGAGGCUUGUUGUAUGAAUACUUGAUUUAUAAAAAUCAGUAUCUAAAUUUGGUAGGUGAUUUGGACCGAGGGUACGAGUGGGCCAAGGAGCCUGGAUAUAGCUCCAAGGUAAAAGAUUGGCCAGUCAGUAUUGUUAUUCACGGGGAUGCAGACCGAGGGGUCCCUCUUGACGUGAGCGAGCAGAUGCGAGCAUGCUUGGGUCAAGAUAAGAUUUUCAUUUUCGUUGCCAAGGGACAGGAUCAUCUAUUCGAAUUGGAUAGAUUCAUUGAAGACCGUGGACCAGAAAUGGACACUGUUCGAAGUGCGGUGGCAUAUCUUGUCGAUACUGUAGCCGCAAAGAAGCGCUCUGCUAGCUGCCAUCCAUCUGGCGGUAGAGUCGAAGCAGAAGUAGACUAG